UGGCCUGCGCCUGCGAUUACGCCCUUUGAAGCCUCGGAUUGGUGGUCUGCAAGAUGCAUGGACUCGAAGCCCCGUCCCGGGCCGCUCAGAGGAUUAAAUGAGAUGCUGCUGCUAAAGCAGGGAGCCCUGGAGACAGGCCUGGUGGGCAGAGUGCACCUGCUGGCACCGGGGACCCCUAGCGUUGUGAAGACCCCUGGGGGGCUGUCAUGCAGACCCUCCACCUUCAGCAACGGAGCCCAGGCUACCGGGUGAAGGCCAGAGAGUCCUACGUGGAUGAGACAUUGUUCGGCAGCCCUGCAGGCACCCGGCCUGCCCUGCCAGACUUUGACCCACCCUGGGUGCAGAAGACUAACAAAACCAGAGGAAGUGCCACGGGAGCCUCACAAGCUUUCACUGAACCUGGCAGCAGUGAGGUCACCUCCUCCAGGGGCAGCACCCCAACCCUCACACCAAGAAAGAAGAACAAAUACAGGCUCCUACGCCACACCCCGACCUUCUGUGAUGAGUCGCUGUUUGGCCCCCGACCAGGGGGUGUGCGCCAGGAGGCCUCAGGGAUGGCAAAGGGGGACCCCACAAAGCUUCAUGCCCUCUUCUGGACCCCACCUGCUACCCCCAGGACCGGCCACUCACCCCGCCCCAGGGACACCCCUCUGCGAGCCAUUCAUCCAGCCUGUUCCUCCAAGACAGAGCCCGGGGUGACUGCAGACUCCCGGAAUUUGUCCCUACAUAGGGCAGGGGCCCCCCGCCCUCUGGGGCAGGGGCGUUCCCGUUCUGUCACCCAACUCAAUGGUCCCAGCUCCCUCCAGACCAAUGGCCCUCAGGACCCCAGGCCUUCCACGGCAGGGGUGACCUUCCGGCGUCCCCCGCUGACUCCCAGGGCUCGCUCUGCCAGUAUUUCAGUGCCAGCUGCCUCCGGGCCACAGGCGGCUCCCCGCAAAUCAAAACCCCCUUGGAGGUGAGGUAGGCCUUACCACAGUACUUGGCUGUGUGUGGGUCAUGCCGGGUGGCUGGGAGACCAGUAUCUCCCAGGUACCCCAUGGUGAGGGGGGACCAUGCUUCCUUGGGUUGCUAUUGGGGAUUUGGAUCUGAGAUUUUUGUCUGGCUCUAGCCUGGCCACAUUCCCAAUCAGUGCCAAUUUUGUUUUUGGCCCCUCCCACCCCACACAUUCCCAACCAAUCAGUGCCAACCAUUUGCCUUUGGCCUCUCCCACUCUCCCAGCCAGGUUCUGGUUGGGACUUUGUUUCCUGGAGUCUGGGGGUCUGAGGACUUCCUAUUCCUAGGCUCUGAGGGCCCCAGAGGACAGAACAGCAUCUGGGUGAUGAGAGGGCAGGUACUGUUCAGUGCAACUUCAUGUAUUUAUUUCUGGGUAUUAAAUGUAUCAGUAGCUCAUUAAAA